AUCAAAGGAUUAUUUUAAAAAAUAAAAUUAAAAAUAUAUGACACAGAGAAUCUAAAAAUUCAAAACAUAAAUCUAAAAUUAUUCUAUUAGUUUUAUGUGAGGUAGAUACACAGGUAGAGCCAGAAGAAAUGUUUAUCUGAAUAUAAACAUUAAACCUGUCUGAGAAAUGACAGUGGCUUGUUGUGGCAAACGCUGCCAGUAGAUGGCGCUAAUACAAAAAUUGACAGCACCAACUUAAUGCGGGUGCUCCUCUUUAUAAAAAUCUUUGUUUGCCGCAGUGUUGUUAUGGUAACCAAAAACGUCCAAGGUCUGCAGCCAGGUCCUACUCAAAACGUCUCUGCUCAGAUUUUUAAGUGUCACUUCUAUCAAUUUUAAAGAAAUGUUUACGUAAACUAAAUUAGCAUCAUAAUUUGGGAUAAAUAAGCUGAGUCUCUAUAAGUCACUGUGACAUUAAAUUUGCCUUUUAACUGAGACACAUGUGUAUAGUGACAAUAAAAGGAAUUCUAUUCUAUUCUAGUCUAUUUUAUUCUAAAGUCCAAUAUAGCAGAAAGCACAAAUCUAACACACACAUUAUUUAAUUUGCUAACUAAAAUCAGCUUUGCUAUGUCAACAGAAAACACAUAAGCCUCUAUUCCUGUUACUACUGAGGUGGAGACACGGUAAUCCCCUGCUGACCUCAUCUCCGUGCUGGACAGGCUGUGUAGAGGUGAGCGGAUCAGUAGAAUCCAGUCCUAUGUGAGCAUAUUGUCAAGGUGUCAGAACUUUUAAGAUGGGGGAGGCGAAGUCCCCUUUUUUCUGUGCAGACCUGAACAAUUUUGAGUCAGUGGGAGCAGAGAAGAGCCAUUGCAUUUUAGCAAGUCCAAGCUUGCCGGAGUCCUGCCAUCAACUCGGGAUAAAACCGGUUCAGCUUCUAAUUAAAUCGCUGAACAACCUGAUUACAGAGCAGCAUGACAUGCCUUUCGAGGCCAUGAGGGUUAUGCAUGAAUCCUACAGGAAAGAAAAAUCAAAGGUUCUACAAAUGUGCCAUAAGGAGAAGGAGAAGAAUGUCUCAGUGUCUGGCAGCAGGAGGUCUGUGAGUAAUGCAGCUUCAAGCUUGGAAGUUUUGCCUAAAACAAAAAUGUCAGACAAACAGACAUCAGAGCCUAUUCUAUAUGCCGAUCUGUGCACUGAAGGGAAACAGUCUUGCAGGUCCAACUGCUCUGCUUCUGACACGAGAGACCCAGAAAGGAGCACAAUCAGCAGCUUCCACCUGGGAAACCUGACAUACUCACCUGCCACGGAAAAGCAGCUGCAAAGGCUCACAGCUGAAAUCAAAAGGAAGACAUGCGUCACAGUAUCAGAGAGGGAUCGUAAGAUAGCAGCUCUCAUGCUGGUCAAGCAUCAAGAGGAGCAGGAUCGCCUGAAGCUCUCACAGCAGGAGAAACUAAAGCAGCAGGAGGUCCGAAGGGAGGAGGAGACCCAGAAGGUCCAAGCAGAUAAAGAUAGAAGAAGAAGACUUAAGCAGAGUAUGAAACGUUGGCAUAAGGAACUGGAGGCCCGCAAGAGGAGGAUGCAGCAUCGGGAGAAAGAGAAGGCAGGCCAUCUUGAACAGGUGGUGCUGCUUCAAGAUGAACGCUGGAGGAGGCUGAAGGAGAAGGUAGAGGCACAACGUCGAGAAAAGUUGGAGUUUGCAGCAAAAGAGACAGAAAAGCGCAAAUGCUUGAGAGAGACGUUUAUGAGAGAGAAAGAGGAGUUAGAAAAAAGGGAGCUGAAGAAGGAGCAACAGAUCGCAGUGGAGAAGGAGCAGAGGGCAUUUAGGAGCAAAGUGUUGCAGGAGAAGAAGGAGAAAAAAAGGCUGCAAGAGGAGAAUCGCAGGGAGCUGUUGCGACACAUCCUACUGAAAAAGCAGGUGGAGCAACAGGUGGAGGAAGAGGAGGCACAGAUGAGGAGCACACUGGAAAAAAAGUUCCAACGGUCUUCUGAAAAUCGAGCCCAGGCUGUGGAGGAACAUCUCAGGGAGCUGCAGGAGCGAGCUGUUCAAGAGGAGGAGCAGAUUCAGAGAGCACAGCUGAGGGCCAAACUGCAAAACAUCCAGCAGCUCACACACAAACAGCUCCUGGUUCAACUGAGCCAGCGUCGCAUGGAGAGAGCCUCUAUGAACGCCUCGUUGCUGCUGAGGAGCAAAGCUCAGCGGGUUAAGGAGCGCAACAAACUCAGAAUGAUCAGCUACCAGAGGCUCAAGGAGAAGGUCCAGAGGGAAGAGGAGGCAGCGAUCAAAGUCAGAGUGGAUCAUGUCUCCAUGAAGGAAUGGAAGAUGGAAAGGCUGAGGAGACAGCAGGAGCAGAUUCAGGAGGAGGCGCAACGGCUG